AUGGCUGAGGGCUUACUAACCAAACUAAAGUGUUGGGCCAUGGCUGCACAAAAUGUUGGGUUGAGUGAGGUGCUGGGUCGUGACUUGGGCUGCUCUGCGGGCCACGCAUGCGGGAGCAGGCUACAACGGAUGCUGGGCGCGAUGGGAUCUCUCGGGCUGGUGCUAAGGAUCCAUGGUAUUCCAACUGAUAUCCGAUGUUUGAUCGAAGAAAAAGUUCGGUUGUCUGGUGAGUUCCCAAAUUCUUACCGAUAUAUGCCAGGCAUGGGUAAAAGUAAUUUUGCUAAGAAAAGGAAGGCAAAUGAUUAG